AUGGAGACCAGCCUGAAAGUCCUGCUGCUCGUCGGGGUAGUCACAGCAGCCUCCACACCACCAUCAUUCCCUCUGCCAAGCCACGAGGAUGCGGUUUUAGCUGCAGUUCAGAUCUACAACCAAGAGCCAGGCACAACACUGGCCUAUCGGCUCCUGGAAGCUGAGCCGCAGCCAGAUUGGGACGUGUCUUCAAAAACUAUCCAGUCGCUGACCUUCACUGUGAAAGAGACAGUGUGCCUGGUAUCAGAGAAACGUGACCCCAACCAGUGUGAAUUCAAAGAAGACGGGCUGGUCAAAGACUGCUCUGGAUUCUUCUCCACUGAACAGGACCCCCCUUCCAUCAUUAUCAAAUGUGAGGAGGCGUCUGAGAAGGAAGAAAAGUCACCGCUCUCACUGAAUGCCACAGGGCACAGGAUGGAGACCUCCCUGAAAGCCCUGCUGCUCGUCGGGGUGAUCACAGCAGCCCCUGUGCCCUCAUCGUCCCCUCUGCCAACCCACGAGGCUGCGGUUUUAGCCGCAGUUCAGAUCUACAACCAAGAGCCAGGCACAACACUGGCCUAUCGGCUCCUGGAAGCUGAUCCUCAGCACGAGUUAGACACAUCUUCAAAAACUAUCCAACUGCUGAAGUUCUCCGUUAAAGAGACAGUGUGCUUGGCAUCAGAGAAACGCAACGUCAACCAAUGUGAAUUCAAACCAGAUGGACUGGUCAAAGACUGCUCUGGAUUCUUCUCCACUGAACAGGACCCCCCUUCCAUCAUUAUCAAAUGUGAGGAGGCAUCUGAGAAGAUGAGUGGCCUAGAUGGCUUCCUCUCUGCUCACGCUCUUAUCACCUUCACUCCCUGGCAGCUGGUGAGAGACUAUUCAGGAUACAUCUUCCCCGAGCAGCAGCCGGCCACCAACCUGAUCACCUGCGACACAGUGGCUGAGGAGGUAAGGAAGGUUUCCGCUCAGGUGACCAGCUGA